UCCAUUGUUGUUACCAACGCACAGACUAGCUAAACAUCACAGUAUUACACACUGACAGAUCAACGACAAUAAGCUUUGUCAGCAAUGGAGGUAGUCUCGUCGAAGCUAGCUUGGUUCGCGCUCGCGUUCACCGUGGUGGCCGCCGCCGCUGCCGGCCGUGUCGUCUCGGCCCAGAACACGGCGCAGGACUUCGUGAACCUGCACAACUCCCCGCGCGCGGACGUGGGCGUCGGGAACGUGGCCUGGAACACCACGGUGGCGGCGUACGCGCAGAGCUACGCGAACCAGCGCGCGGGCGACUGCCGGCUGGUGCACUCCGGCGGGCCCUACGGGGAGAACCUGUUCUGGGGCUCGGCGGGCUACGCCUGGACGGCGUCGAACGCCGUGGGAUCCUGGGCGGCGGAGAAGCAGUACUACAACCACGCCACCAACACCUGCUCCGCUCCGUCCGGCCAGUCGUGCGGCCACUACACGCAGCUGGUGUGGCGCGCCUCCACUGCCAUCGGAUGCGCCCGCGUCGUCUGCAGCAACAACGCCGGCGUCUUCAUCAUCUGCAACUAUUACCCGCCGGGCAACGUGAUUGGACAGAGCCCUUACUAGCAACCUCUAUAUAUAUACGUACUUGCAAUAAUCCGCGCUAUAUCCACAAGUGUGUGUAACCUACUAACCUACAUACAUUUGUGAGCAGCAGCAUCAAUCAUACGCGCGUGUGAUGCCAUGCAUGCCAGCAUGAGUUGUUACAUAUGUUCGCCCCGCAUAUGCAUUUCAAGAUUUAAUUUCUUCA